AUGGCAUUGGUCGCAGGUGAUUUUGUAAACAACAUUUUUCGAAAACAUAAAUUGUGCUUGGCUGUGGCACAAUUAAAUCGAGUGCAGUUUCUGAUGUUUUCUCUCCUGCCUGGAGCAAGCGCUUGUCUCAAUGAUGUUGACCUGUGGAUCACUCUAACGUGGAAACCUUCGUCUUUAAAAAUGUUGGUAAUUUUCCUAUCGAUGGCAUCUGAGAUGUCAUCAUAUCGUAAAAUUCCCCGUAUGUCAGCCAAAACGGUUGAAGGCAAGAUCAACCCAGUCUGGAAGAGAAUAUGCAACCGAAGAAACAUCUCCAAAUACGUGAGGCGCAGUUUCACAUCUACUAACACCGAUCUACCACGCUUUUACCACCUUAUCAAAACACACAAAUUGACUCAAGCAGUCAAAAUCCGACCCAUAGUUUCCAACUUCAAUGGCCCAACCACACGUCUUUCAUGUUUACUUGCUCGAACCCUUAGACCACUGCUCAAACAUGACCCAGCACAUCUAGAGAACAGCCUACAGCUAAUAGACCGCAUCCAACAAACAGAUCACACAGCAAAUCAACAACUUUCCUAUCUGUUCAGCCUGGACGUAGUGGCCCUUUACACUUCAGUCCCAGUCAAUGAAGCCAUCAACAUUGCAGUCGACAAUUUUCCAUCCACCACUGGACCGCUUACAAGGGAAGACAUUAAAGAUCUUCUAACUGUCAUAUUACACAAUACCUACUUCUGUUUCAAUACUCAGGUUUUCCUGCAGAUCGAGGGCCUUCCGAUGGGAUCAAGCCUUUCAGGUAUCCUAGCUAUUCUGUUUAUGGAUAGUCUGGAAUGCGGUGUUAUCGAUCUUUACAACAUUUCCAACCCAUACGAUAGAUAUGUUGAUAUAUACAGCCAGGCCUCAGAUGAGAAAGAAGCAGAUACAUUCCAUUCUAUUAUGAACUCGGCACACCCACGGAUACUGUUUGAAAUUGAAAAGCCAAAUACCUCCCCGGAUGGUCGAUCCCUUUCCCUGCUUGAUUUCACGGUUACCAUCGGACCAGACGGGAAUACAGAGUUUGAAUUCUACAAAAAGAAAGCAAAGAAACCUAUCUGCAUCAACUAUAAAUCAGCUAUACCUAAGAAGACCAAGCGAAAUAUCAUCCGCAACAAAAUGCGACGUAUAGAUCAAAGAUGCUCUAACCAAACUACGAAAGAGAACCACCAGAAAGCAUUCAUAGAUGUCCUUUCCCAAAAUGAUUACCCACGCAGUUUCACAAAUGAUAUAACACCCGAGAACGCAUCACGUCGUCAUCAUGAACCACCGCCAAACAAUGAUACCGAUUGGUUAUAUCUCGGCACCCCUUACAUCUCAGAUGCCAUCAAUAGGAAAAUUACCAACAUUUUUAAAGACGAAGGUUUCCCCGUUAGAGUGGUCCACAGGUCAACGUCAUUGAGACAAGCGCUUGCUCCAGGCAGGAGAGAAAACAUCAGAAACUGCACUCAAUUUAAUUGUGCCACAGCCAAGCACAAUUUAUGUGCUAUGUCAAACAUGAGUUUGUCAAUCAUAACUUUUUGUUUUGCCAUAAUAACUUUUGUGGGCGUGGUGUCAAGCACACUGUCUUGCACGCGAAAAUUUCUUCUUAUUUUUCACACGGACUGACUUUAUACUGACAGAAUUGCUAUAGAAAGCGAAAUGACAGAUUUAUAGCACCUUCUGGAUAUGUUUACGUAUCAAACCUCUGUAAUACAAGUGUCGUUUUGAGUUUUGACGCUGAAAUUCAAAGUUUCGCAUACAAAACAACAUGUUUUAUACCACACCCACAGAAGUUAUUAUGUCAAAACAAAAUGUUUUAGGAGCGAAACAAAAAGUUUUGAAUGACAAACUCACGCUGAAGAAAUGUUUUAAAACCUAGCUAGUUAUACAUGCACGCUUCACGGAAGCUCGAAAAUGGUAGUAUUAAUAUAAUAAUAAUGAUAAUAACAAUAACAAUAAUAACAAUAACGAUAAUACCGGGUGGCCCAAAAAAAAGUACUCCUGUUUGAUUCGUAAUAACAUCUAAACAAGUAUAGCUUUUAAAGAGAAAUAACUUGCAUCAAAUAGAGGAAGGACUAACUUAGACUUUGAUAUAUUACAGUUGUAUUUCACUUAAAAAUUCACGGAGAUAUUAAUCUUUAAAUUCGGGAGGAUAUUUCUGGAUGUGUCUGAAAUAUGCAAAAAUCGGCGUAUCAAAUAUUAAUCAAGAUUUGCCCGACUGAAACAUGCACUAUUACCAGUAAAUAAAUGACACUUGACAAAUUGUUUAUUAUGAAACAAAGUAUUAUUAUAUCUAUUAAUCCUGCUCUAACCGAGAAUAAUCAACUUUGUUUUGAACCCAUGAAAAACAUAAAAAUAGGUUAUUUAAGAAAAAUUGAAGCGCCUGCCUUGCAUGGUCUUUCAGUACCUUAAGUUUGCAAAGACCUAUUAAAUACUUACAUAAUUUCGAACGUUCAUAUUUCAGGAAACAAUAAGUUAAGACUUACAUGUAAGAUGUCUAAAUCUACGCCAUAUCCUUGCAAACACUAACGACAAUUCGCUGAAAUACAAUUUACCCUGAUAUGUCAUUAAGCAAACAAACGCUGGAGUGAAAAUUUGAUACGCCGAUUUUCGCUAAUUUUAGACACAUCCCAAAAUAUGCUCCCGAUUUUGAACAUUAAUAUCUCCGUGAAUUUUUAAGUAAAAUACAACUGUAACAUAUCAAAAUCUAAGUUAGUCCUUCCUCUAUUUAAUGCAAGUUAUUUCUGUUUGAUAGCUUUACUUGUUUAGAAGUUAUUAUAAAUCAAACAGGAGUACUUUUUUUGGGCCACCCGGUAGUAACAACAAUAAUAACAAUAAUUCAUGCAUUGCUUUUUUGUGAACAGCAAUUUUUGGUAAAUGUAGAACCAAACACAAAGAAAACACAAAAAACAGUCCAUCAAUGUCGGCAAUGGUACAGGAUUGCGAGUUCAAGGCAAUCUUGGCCAAAAGUUCGUACAACGACCAAACAAAUUCGCAACUUUUUAAUAUGCUUGGGUUUUAAAAUCAUAUUGCACCUCCCCCCGCUCCCCCCGUUCAAUGUUGGUUUCCCGCAAUUCAAGUACAUGUAGAAUUUUAUCUGUACAAUAUGUCCGACCAUAAAAGUAGACCAAACGGCAACGUUGAAUGGGGGGAAGGGGGGAGGCUUGAAAAAUGCACAAAAAUGCAUCAUCGUCCUACGCUUUAUGGCCAAGAUUGAAGGUUCCUUGGACAAGAACAGAAUGACAAAGGUAAUCUAUUGUGAGGGAGGCCAGCAUUAAGAUUUGAUUAUCAGCACGAUUGGCUGUGACUAAAUGAUUUACAAAUUUGUCAUUAAUCAUUUUUUCAUUUUCAGCAUGCAACAUACAAUCUUUGAACCGGAAACACCUCGUAGGUGUUGUGACGCUGGCCCUGACUGGACACCUGGAUGCUGCAGUGAUCGUGAGAGUGGUGGUUCAUUGGAAGCCUUGUGUGCCGACUCUCCAAAUAGAAGGGACAAAGCUGUGCAAGACUUCAACGAAUCGAUGUCUAAAAUAGCGGCACACACGCCAGUUGGAGCAAUAGAGCCACUGGUGUUUCAGUUACCUGCAAGCUGGGACGAAGCAAAAAUAGAAGAUAAGAAAAUUUGCAAGGAAAGAGCUUUAGAUGCAUGUCAAACAGUUUGCGAGUUUAUAGUGCCUAAAGAUGGCAACAAGCUAUUCCAAGCAAUCCAACAAGAACCCAGAGGCCCUACAACUGAGCUAAUUGCGUUAAUGUGUGCCUAUCGUGAUGCACAGACUCGGAACGUGAAGAGACAAAUACUCAGUAUAUAUGCAUACCAUCAUACCAUGAAAAAAUUGCAAGCCUUUCAUGAACCUUAUGAAAAAGUCAGCAUGAGACAAAUCAAACUGUCCAGAUUGCAUGCUAAGCAAACAGGCCUAGGAUCUGUUGUUACUAAAAUAUUCCAUCAUCGUGUGUGUCUUGACACACAUAAGGUUGAUCACUUUGUUGAGUUUAUCAACCGUCCUUAUUUUUACCAGGACGUUACGUACGGAACAAGAAAGCUGUCCCUAGAUGGAGGCAGCCAAAUUACAAUGCCUAAUGUCAUCCGUACUGUUACAAGAUCCACUAUGGUGAUGCAAUACUUACAAUACUGCAAAGAAGAGUCACUUGAGCCCAUCAGUCGUUCCACAAUGUAUCAAAUUUUGGAAGUGCGCGAAGCAUCUCAACGUACAUCAUUAUGUGGCCUCGAUAACACUGCUGGCGAAGGGGCAUCCGCUUUUUUUUGA